GCUGAAGCACCCGCAGUCUGAGGGAAAGGGGGCGGUGGCUCGGCGGGGAGGAAGUACUGAAGGAGGAGGAAGCCGAGGCGACCGACGGGCAGGCUCGGGCGGACGGGCGCACGCCGCGUCCUCGAGGAUAGAGGGAGCAGUGGUCCGAGUGAGGCCCCGGUCCGCGCGCGAGGAAGAGCCGCUGCCCCGCGCCUGGGCCCGAGCUGCCGUGAGGAACCGCCCCCUGCGCGCCGGGAGGAGCGGCGUGUGAGCGCCUCGGCCUCGGCCCCGGCCCCGGCCCCGGCCCGCCCGAGCGUGCGGAGGGAGCCGCCGCCCCUGCGGCCCGGCCCCGACCCCGACCCCGGCCCCGGCUGCGCGUGAGGCAGGCAGGCAGCAGGUUAGCGCGCCGGCCCCGCCAUGACCCACAUCGAGAUCCCGCCGGGGCUUACGGAGCUCCUCCAGGGCUACACGGUAGAGGUGCUGAGGAACCACCCUGAAGACCUGGUGGACUUCGCCGUGGACUAUUUCACCCGCCUCCGCGAAAACCGCAGACUCGGCGAAGACGGCGAGAAGGAUGAGGGGAGAGGGGACGAGGAAGACGAACAGUUUGAACCACCUGUUAUUAACAGAUACAACAGAAGAGUAUCGGUAUGUGCCGAAUCCUUCAAUCCAGAUGAAGAAGAUGAUACAGAGCCAAAGGUGAUUCAUCCCAAAUCCGAUGAACAGAGAUCCAGACUACAGGAAGCUUGCAAGGAUAUCCUUCUUUUCAAGAAUCUUGAUCAGGAGCAGCUGUCUGAGGUCCUUGAUGCCAUGUUUGAGAGGAUUGUGGUGUCUGAAGAACAUGUCAUUGACCAAGGAGAUGAUGGUGAUAACUUUUAUGUCAUUGAACGAGGCAAAUACGAUAUUUUGGUAACAAAGGAGAAUCAGAGUUUCCGUGUUGGCCAGUAUGAUAAUCGUGGCAGUUUUGGAGAACUUGCCUUGAUGUACAAUACUCCCAGAGCUGCUACCAUAGUUGCCAUAACAGAAGGUUCCUUGUGGGGACUGGACCGAAUAACAUUCAGAAGAAUCAUAUUGAAAAACAAUGCGAAGAAGAGGAAAAUGUUUGAAUCGUUUAUUGAAUCUGUGCCCCUCCUAAAAUCCCUAGAGGUUUCAGAAAGAAUGAAGAUUGUGGAUGUAAUAGGUGAGAAGAACUAUAAAGAUGGAGAACAAAUUAUUGCUCAGGGUGAUAAAGCAGAAAGUUUUUAUAUUGUGGAGUCUGGAGAAGUGAAAAUCCUGAUUAAAAGCAAGACAAAUAAGGACACAGAGGAUGAAGUGGAAAUUGCCCGGUGUCAAAAGGGGCAGUAUUUUGGAGAACUUGCUCUUGUCACCAACAAACCCAGAGCAGCUUCUGCUUAUGCAGUUGGAGAUGUCAAAUGCUUAGUUAUGGAUGUCCAGGCAUUUGAGAGGUUGCUUGGGCCCUGCAUGGACAUUAUGAAGAGGAAUAUUUCCAAUUAUGAAGAGCAACUGGUGAAAAUGUUUGGUUCAAGCGUGGACCUGAGUGACCCAGGAAAUUAGGCACAGCAUCUCCCUUCUCCCCCGUGCCUUCUCAGUUUGAUACAGAAACUCCUCCUGUCAACAACACAACACAUAAGGAAAACAGACACUACAGAACAGUUCUUGCUGUUGCUGCUGCUGCUGUCGUCUUGGGCAUUUUAGAAAACAUGUCUCAGCACAUUUGGAUGGGUAAAGGCUGAAUCUAUGCCUCCACUUUGCUGCUGAAAUUCCAUUUACUAGACUUAUUUUCAUGAUGUUUCUAACUCAUUUUUCACACCUUUGGUUCAGAAUGGCAUGUCUCUCCAGCAAUUUAAGUGCCUGAUACAAAGUCCAAAGUAUAAAAUCCUCUUUUUUUUUUUCUCUUGCUGCUGCUACUGCUAUUGGCUGGUUUUUUUUUUUGUUUUUUGUUUUUUAACAAAGCUGCAGAAACUGGUUCUGUCCCCAUCUUCCCAGGGAGGAAAGAUUUACAGUCUCUGAUCUCUUCCUUUGUCAUUACUCUGAGAAUGUCAAAUCUGCUCUGAAUUGUAGCUUUUAGAUUUGAAAUUAAAAUUACCUAAGUAUUUUUAAGUAAUAUCUUUAGAGCAUUAUGAUACUGUGAUGUUUGUGCUACCUACUGAAAGUUAAACAUGUUACAGGUGAUUCCAAAGCAUUUAAGGAGUCUUUCAAGAGAAGAGUACAAGGUUGAAACAUAGACAAGGGAUUAGAGUCAGGUCAUUUCAGCAGUAAACCUGUCUUAAAGGAAGAAAAGGGAGGAGCUGAGAGUAUGUUUUUUUCAACCUCCUAGUGUCAACAGAAAGUCAAUUUUUAAAAUUCAGUAUCUUCAGUUAGUGUGACAGAAUUAUAGUCCAUUUAGAACAAGAGGUCUAGAGAUGUCUUAGCUUUAACUUCCUAAAAAACUUCUCUAUUAAAUUGCUGCCACCUUUUUCUUUCCAAUUGUCCACAUUGGCAGGUGGCAAUAAUAUUGCUGAGAAGUUAACCUGUUCCUGCCUACUGCUCAGAGAUAUGCCAUAAUUUUGCUUUUGAAUAAUCAGUUUUAAAAUACUUUUUAAAGAGGGAAAAAGUUUUUUCAGUAACUUUAAAGUAAAAAAAUUUUCUGUACUCAAGGGAGUUCCCCUCAAUUGUAUUCUUUUACAAUGUUCUCUCACUCAACUAGACAUUCCCAGAUGUCAACUGUAUUUGCUAAAGUGUUCAAAAAGUUGGCAACAUUUACUAUUUCACAGGAAUUUUUUUUAAAGGCUUUAUAAUCAGGGAGUUCAGGAUGUUUGGUGUUCUGUUUUUUUUUUAUUGGGGAGGAAAUUUAGUUUGUGUUUGAAUAGAACUCCUCUUUAACCUUUAAUAUAUAUCAAGUAGAAUUUUGAGUUAACUUGACAUGCUUUAAAUAAGAUUUUUUUUCCAUCCGAGUGAUUGAGAAUCUAUCCUAAGGGGAUUGCAGAAGCAGCACAAAAAUUGCAUAAAGAUAGGCAUUAAAUAUAUAGCAAGUUAAUAGUAGAUCAAUAGGCUCUUCCCAUUUUCCAUUUUCUUUUGACUUGUAUGACUCACUGGGACCUGCCCAAGCAAUUAUGUAUCUGGGGUUGUAUAAUUUUAAUUGUGGAUAAGGAUGCUAAUAGAACUGACCCCAGUAUUUACCUUUCACCACCACGCAAGCUAGGGCUUUCUGCUAUGGACAUAUGGCCAGUGUGGCUAACAUCUGUAAAAAGCAUGAUGGCAUGUAGUUACCUCCCCCAUUCAUACACACAUACGAAGAAUUUUCAGCCAGCAGCAAUCCUUAUUCAUUCAUCCUAAGGUUUUUUGUUUUUUGUUUUUUUUUUUAAGUUUUAUGAAUUGGAAGCAGAUCUAAUCUUUAUUAAGGGCACUGUAUUAGCUCACACAUUUCUCAGAAUUGUGAGCUGGUUUAUGAUUCGUGCUGGUGAAACAGGGAUAUAGCAUUGUUCAAAACCAUUUCAUGUUUUGAUUUUUUUUUCUAAUUCCAUUCUUUUCUGCAGUGUCUGUUUUUUAUCAGAUGAAUCCAGAAAGCAACAGAAAUGUCAUUAAUGUUUCCAAGGUUUUGCACCUUUUUUCUAAUUUUUGGAUCUUAAAUUUUAAAUGGCAUGAACAGCAAUAGUUCUUUGCCACAGGUUAUGGGAUAUUUGGCUAUUUAAAUAUAUGUACUUGUUCUUUUAAAAGUAAUAGGGAGAAGGUGCUGUAAGAGAUUAUAUAUAUACAUAUAUAAUGCAUGUGUAUAUAUAUAUACAUAUAUAUAUAUAUAUAUAGGGGGGUGUGUGUGUAUGUAUGUAUUGUCAGAGCAGCCCUAAAAAGUUAUUUCCAAAUUAAAAGCCAAAAUGAGGUGCUGUUUGUUAACCAUGCAUCUGUAUCACUUAGACUGUCUAGCAAACUGCAUGCUAGGGAUAGAUAUGGAUUGUGUCAAGAAGUUUUAAGCUUUUCCUUCAUAGUCUAAUCCUAUUCCUCAAAAUCUAUUCCCUGUGCCCCAGUCUUACUCACAUAGCUGUUCCGUAUGACUGUGGAACCCAACAGGCUUCAAGCCUUUUUUGUUGGGCUGAGUUGUCCUAAUUAAAAUUGACAUUUGGCUCAGAAGAUCAAAUCCCUCUGUUUGUAUGGUCAAGGGUGGGCCUAGAUUGGAGCUUCAAGAGUGAGUAAAUGAGGAUUGCCUAACAGGGAAAAGGGAAAGAUUGGCAGCCAAGCUGGAUUUUAAAGAAUGUGGAGCUCUGAGGAUGUACCUUUUGCAGUGGGGUAAAGUAAGGCUGAGCAAACCAAGUUGUGUUGUUUUCUAAGUUACACCAGUACAUCAGAAUGACAGUGACAUUUUUGUAGUGUUCAAUGGUAUCUCCUGUGUUUGGUGGGGGCUGCAAGUAAUCAGUUUGGAACAAAAGGAAGCUCCACCUCAGCAGUUCUUAUUAUCCCUUUUAUAUUAUAUUCCCCUUGGGAGAAGACUGAUUCAUGUAACUCUUUCCAGACCUUGCUAUUUCCUUUGUACUGAGGGGAGAAGAGGUUUGAUAACUUUGAAAUAUGGUUAGCAGUAUUGAUAUACAUCUUCUGAGCCCAAUUUUAUUCCAAUGACUUUGACUCUUUAAUCUCUGAAGGAUGAAUAUGUGUGGUUUUGUUUUCUGGAUUGAUGUUGCUCUGUGUUCUGUUUUUUUUAAAAGAAAAAAAACUGCUGUGGAUCCUCAGAGAUGAAUGUGAAGAGAGCUCUACAUAUGAGCCUAUUAAUAAAAGAACUCGGCAGCAAAAUGGACAAGAGACAGUGGACUUGAGACUAAGAAACAAUUUGUCUGCUGAUGCUCUGCUUGUGAUUUUUGUGAAGUCAGUGAGAAGAGCCUUUCUUGGUCAGCAGUGUCCUCCUGGCUUAUGAUAUUUCUGUUUGACCAGGCUUUUCAUGAUUUUUUUUUUUAAUGAAUCCUGUCUCUUAAAAAAAAAGUGCAUUCUGCCCUGAGAAAAAGAAAAAAAAACUUCAAAGUGACAUCCUUCAUGCUUUGUUUUCAGUUAGUUGAUGUUGUAUUUUUUGUUCUCAAAUUGUAUUUGUAACCAACCUUGCCAAAAUAGAAACCGUUUUGGGCUUUUUCACUCCACUUACCUAUUGUUGUUCUUGCAGUUAUUACUGCUGAUGGUCUUCAGUCAAGUCAGUCAUCUAUUGUACAGUCAGAGACCUUGCUGUUUAUUUUAAUAACUUACAGGACUGUGUCUGUAUUAUAAAGAUAGAAGAAAAAGAUGUCACUAACCUCAUGGGAGACUUCCUGAAAUCCACUUAGCCUGAUUUUGGCUAAAAUGGGUAACUAGGGCUUCUUCCUCCAUUCACCGUAACAAAAAAGAAAUCUAAUUCAGCAUAAUUAUGCUACCUCAAGGCUAAAAGUGCUUUAAGGGUAUUUCACCUGAGUUCUAAACAUGACAUCAGAAGUGUCUCAUUGGAUUUGUGAGAUUCCCCACCCAAAGUAAUUUAAAGGAGGGACCCCAUUUUAAUUUAGUAUUUGACUCUAAAAAGGAAGAGUUGUUAUAUAGUAUUCAACAUGUAAAUGACCAUUAUUUUAAAGAGCCACCAUCUGCCACAAACAAGCUUUGGGUUUUAAAAGGGGAAAAAAAAACCUCACCAUCUCGGGUUUGCUUCAUCUUUGAUUAAUAAAUGCUGACAUGUUAUGUCAAA